UUGUUUUGUCUAUGGUGUAAAAGUGAAGUGACGAGUGGUCCAAAUUAUUUUGUUAAUUUGUAAAUAAAAUAAUUUUAAAAUUAAGUAAUUAAAAUGUCCACCACCAUACCAGUUAUUGUUAGAGUGUUAGCUUCCUCAGUGUCCGUAGCUGGAAAAGCAGGAAAGAUAGUGAGAGAUGUGAUGAGCAAAGGAGAGUUGGGCAUUGUGGAAAAGGGUAAAGAUGAUUAUCAGACUGAAGCUGAUAGGUCAGCGCAGCGAUGCAUCAUCGAGUCUCUCUCAGCUCAGUACCCUAAAGUUAACAUUAUUGGUGAAGAAGAUAAUCCAGACACAGAAGGUGAUAUCUCAAGUGAAUGGCUAGCAGUUGACGCAGAUAAGGAAAUUUUAUCCAUAGAGUGCCCUUCAUUUCUGAAAAGUGUUAAAGAGGAGGAUAUAGUAAUUUGGGUUGAUCCUCUCGAUGGAACUUCUGAAUAUACUCAAGGUGCCCUCAUGUUGAAGAGAGAUCCAUGGGAAAGAUGGAAAAUGUAUUUGACUCAUCCACUUAUAAGUAUCAAGUGGUAUUUAAGUUUACUACAGUCAGACUUUGGGUUUCUUGAACAUGUAACAGUUUUAAUUGGAAUAUCAGUCAAUGAAAAACCCGUCGCUGGUGUUAUACAUCAACCAUAUUUCAAAACACUGAUUGACGGUGAGAAGAAACUCGGGAGGACUAUAUGGGGGUUGCAAGAGGUAGGCGUGGGAGGAUUCACUGCCGCCCCACCACCAGACUCCCUCGUCAUCACAACAACUAGGAGUCACUCCAACCCCAUAGUGGAGAAGGCUUUGCAAGUCAUGAAUGCAAGUCAAAUACUAAGAGUUGGAGGUGCUGGAUACAAGGUAUUACAGUUACUGGAAGGAGUGGCAUCAAUUUAUGUAUUUGCCAGUCCCGGCUGCAAAAAAUGGGACACUUGUGCUCCAGAGGCUGUUCUAAAUGCAGCUGGCGGAAAGCUUACAGACAUUCUAGGAAAUUAUUAUAAAUAUGGAGCUUCUGAGGGAAAACCGAACAAAACAGGAGUACUGGCCGCUGUCAACGGAGAACUGCAUAAUUAUGCUUUAACAAGAAUACCGCAAGAAUUAAAAGACAAAUUAGCUAGUAAUAAAUAAAAGUGCACAAAUAGUAGGUAUACUUAAACAUUUAUUAUACAGGGUGCAGGGGAGUAUUUCCCAUAACUGUGGGGUUAUAUUCUUUACUGAAAAUUAAUUAAAAAUUUUCAAGGAACAUGUGUUCUAUAAUUAAUAUUAUAGAGGUAAAUAAUAUUUCUAUUAUCCUUAUAAUUAUGACGUAGCCAAGUUUUUUUAUAAUGCAAGGAUAUAAAGGUGUGUGUUACAUGGAUAGUCGAAAUUAUUUGAAUUACUUUGUAUGAAAACAUAAAUAGAUUUCUAUUUAUUUAGUGAAAUAUUAGUUAUGCAGUUCGGGUCCUAUAAGUGGACUCUUAAGAAAUAUAUUUAUAUUUAGAAAAGAAAAUAUAUUUAUCACUACAUUACGAUUUAUGACACACAUCACAAUUAUUUAAGAAUAAUACCCUGCGAUAUGUGGCAUAACCUAGAAAAAGGUCCUAGCUCAGCAUAUUGCUAUAUGCUCCCAAUAAACGAAGAACAUACAGCGCUGAUUUUCAGCUUAAGCACCUUGAAGUUAUGGGAAAUACUCCUGAGCACCCUGUAUAGACAGUAUUUCUUUAUUGCAGAUAUGUGAUUGGUAUAUUGAGAGAUAAGUAUCAAAUUUUAUUCCAAAUCGAAAUUUUUAUAAAAAUGUUUUUAAAUGAUUCUUUUUUAUUAUAUUUAUAUUUAAUAAAAGUUAUUAUUAUGAGUUAUUAUAAGUUGGUUUUAUUGAUUUUAUAUUAAUGCUAACAAGAAAGUAUAAACUAUAGCUUGGCAACUUCGUUCGUAACACUCCCGAUGGUCCGGGCGGGCCGGGGGGCGUGUAGCGAUGAAUGAAAAACCCACGACUGAUUCAUCUCACUUCCCCGCACGCAUGAUUUCACACCCGCGCAGUCUUUCCCCCCGUCGCCCGCAUACCAUGGGAGAGCAGGCAUGCAUUGUUCAAUAGGGUAGUUGAGUCAUCAAAUUUAAUAUAGGUACUUAAACAAUAUUAAUUUUGUGGAGUACAUAAAGUAUGAAUCCAAAAUAUAUCGAUAUUAAUUAAUAAAAUCUAAGGAUUUCUUAUAAAACUAAGUAUAAAAAUCAUGGAUUUUUCAAAAUUUCCAAACGUCAAUGACGCUGUCGUCCAUUUGUGACGUCACAAUGUUACUUGAUGUACUAAACUUUAAACUAUUAAGGACUUGUUAACGUGACGUCAUGAAACAGUUGAUGAUGAUGUGUGGCCUUAGGAAGUAAACCGUUCACUUUAUCAACAAAGGUUUAGGCAACUUAGGUGAAAAUAUAUUAUAUUAUAAGCUUCCCUUUGACUCAUAACCUAAACUUAUCCUAUUCUACUCCACCUACCCUACCCUACCUCUAGGGUUUAGGUUCUCAGACCUACUGAAUAUGCAUAUAAAAUUUCAUAAGAAUCUGUCAAGCUGUAACGUCGUGGAUUUUAAUUUUGGGUGGUCAAAUUUGGAAUCUCUAGGUUUGUUUCGAAAGGCAGCGACAUCGAUGAAUGUCGUAGAGAUUACGAGGUUCGCUGCUAGAUGGCGCUUAUAUUAAAGUGCUCAGACAAAUAAAUAUGGACAAGUAGUUGGAGCUUUAUAAUCUGUAUAUAGACUUAAUAUAUGGUUAGAGGUAUUCCACAAGUAACGAAAGGUAUGGAAUCCGAAACCGACUUUAAAAACAAAUGUCACAUAUUAUCUGUGCAAUUUGUUGAUUGUACUCUGUAAGAAAGAUGAAUCGGUAACUUUAUAGCUUUGCUAUUGGUGAGGUUUUUUAUGAAGAAAGUCCCGUUAUCUUCUCGUUAUAUACUCGGGCACGUUCGAGUUUUUUCUUUUGGCUGGCUGAAAUUUGGAGACAUGUAGUUGACUUUCCAAAACAUUAAAUUUACUUAGAGGCAGUGAUGUAAGAUACUUGGUAAGACUCGAAUUUAUAUUUGGUUAGCAUUCGUGAUUAUCGAAUUUUGUUGUGCUAAAGAGACAAAUUCUUGCAGUUCCGGUCAACCAUAAAAAUUUCCCGUGAGAUGUUAAGAUGGCUACCUACUGGGAACUAGGGCGGGAUAUCCUUUUAAGGAUGGGAAUGUAAUAUAUUCUGAACUUAACCUAACCUAUAUACGUGACCUAAUGUAAUCACACUUCUUCUUAAUACAACCACGUUAUUAUGUAGAAACGUAGAUUGGUUGUAGACAUUUGAAACGCCGGUUCUGAAACCUUUGGUCAUUCUUGGAACAUUUUUAUGGAACCUGAGUUGACUAUUACAUUUAAUCAUUUGCACGCGUCGAGUAGCAUGCUGUUAGCGGCGUAAAUCUUGGAGGUUCGCUGGCCGCCAGACAAAAUGACGGACGGAUGAAUGCAACAGCAAGGUCAGCGACCGCGUGGUGUCAGCUUCCAUCAUAAACGUCAGGUCGUACCUAUUCUUUCUUUUGUUAAAUGGAGUCAUGCUAAAACUUCUAUUUUUAUAUAUUGUUUUUUUUUAAAAGGAUGCGUUACAUUAAUUGUUGGUGGUGAUUCGGAUAUACCGUUCAGAUUACAAUAAGAUUUAGAGAUAACUAGACCUCUUUCGUGAGUGUUUAAAAUGCAACGUGUUUGUUGUCCCUUUAGUAUAAACGUGUGUAAUUGCUAAGCGAACUUAAAUGGAAUCAUCCUUGUGGAUUUGGCUGGUAGCGAUGUGAAUUCAUAACUUCUAGUGCGUUGUUCGACGGACCCACUUUAAAUACCUAGCCGUGGCAGUGGUUUGGUCAACAAAAAUCCAAACGCUAUAUCGACACCAUCUAAUCCCCAAGGAUUGGUAUAAUAAAACAAAUAUUUGAGAUAACCACUGUUUAUUUACAAAGUAUGUACAAAGUAACUUAACAUUUAGGAAACCUGGUUUUUUUUAUGUAAUUUAACCCAUUAAUAUUUUGUCCUUUUAGGGUUUCUCAAGGGUUUAGCAUUACUUUUAUAUUGUAAAAAAAAGGUUCAUCUAAAAAUAUAGAAGCCAAAUACCGGUGAUUACUGUAAAA